GGAAACAACGAGCAAACAGUUGCUGUCAUGAACAACAAUGCAUUUUCUACCGCUUGUCCCUAUUGCACCUAAGAGAAGCGUUAGGAAAAUGCCGCAAAUUGUUCAAAUACUGCUUCUUGGAAAUGACUGCACUGUCACGAAUAAAGAAAAGGAGGACUUACUUGAAAGAAGUUUGCAGAGUUUCGCCAGUCCGUGUGAGUGCAACACAACAACAUCGCUCCAAGACAAACAAUGCAAGUGUGAGGCUUCACCUGCUGACCCAGAUGUGCGAUCAGGCUGUCGUUGAACAGAAGACUCUCUGCCACGUUGUGGAUCAUUUCCAUAAUCCGUGAAAUCUGUGCAAACUUUUUCUGCAUUCUCUCCAGGAAAGGCUGCGUGGACUUGAGCAGCAUGUCUUUGUUGGCGGACAGCAUAGACUCAACAUGGGUCUUGUCGUACGGCACCGGGUAGGUCAGAGUGUGGUAGUGCUCCCCCGGGCCCAUCUGCAUGCUGAUCUCCGGGAUCACCACCGUGACCUGGUGUCCGCGCCGACCCAUUUCCUGUGCGACGGCCUUGAUGGCGAUCCAGUGACUCCCGUCCAUGGGCACCACCAGAAGUUUCCCCAGAAGUUACACGGAAUAUGAAUCAAAACACUUUGAAUCCUACACCCAAUCAUUCCUAGUGAAGGGUAACAGCUCGGUUGUCUACUGCCUGGAGUGGAAAAGCGUCAUGAAAACUAGGAACUCUUCCAGGGUGGAGAACCCGUUGAUUAAGAUGCCGGACAGAAGCGGCAGCUCACAUGAGGAGUUCGUCAUCCGGCGUAAGAAACGGCAGAAGAAGGAUGCCGAUGUCCGCAGCCAAGAAGACAUCAUCGACAUGAUCGAAAGGAAAUACGGCGGUUUAGACUCGGCCGAGCAAGGAUGUUCCAGCCGUGUCGCCGCUCCCAAGAAGCCGACGUCAGCCGGCCUGUGCUCCGCCUGUCGAAAGCUCUACCAGAGGGUCAAGAGGUUGAAGAAACCCAUGAAAGAUAAACUGUUGGACAACGAUCCCACUUCCUUGACGUGUGAUCAGUGGGUCCUGCUCAAAGACUGGCACCCCACUAGGCUGCCUCAGUCCGGAGGGAAGCUUUCUCCCAGCCUGCGGAAGAUCGGGCGCAGGAAAAAGCAGCCGGAUGAAGCGGAAACCUUCUGCUCGAGGCCUCGUGUUUUCCUUCAGAGGAACCUCAGGCGGCCUCGCAAAAUUCCAGCGACAAAGAAAGAGAAGAGGAAGCGACGACGCACCCAGUCUCGGGGCCCCAGCGCGGCCAAGAAGAUGCGUUACCACGGCGACCCCCCCCUUCGGGAUAGCAGCAGCGGCGACUGCAGCAACGACAGCUUCCACAGCGGCGAACACCCGCUGGAGGACUUCACCAACGUGGUGGCCAGAACCACGGAGACGGCGACGCCCACGCAGAGCGGCGUGCCGCGCAGGCAGUCGGCGGAGAGGGGCUUCCGAGACCUGCUGGCCCAGUUGCGUGGCAACAGCAGCAUGAUCUUCCAAGAAAGCCAUUAGAGACGCUCGACGCUUUUAUUUUGGAAAACGUUCUUAAACUAUUAAGUUACCUCUUCUGUGUACUCGCAUGCUAUUUAUUUUUUAUUGACAGUCGAGUUCAAAGGUCAAUCAGUUGCUUUUCUAAAUAAAUGAGCUGGUGUUUAGUCUGAUGCCUUCGUGGUCUGCGUGUCGACAACUGUCUCGCUCUUUUUGACGGACGGCGGGGAAAAAGAAGCAUUUGUUGUCAGAAAAAGACCUUUUUAGAAAACGAAUGCCAAAAUGUUGAUAUUAUAACAGGUUUUUUUUUGGUUUGAAUUGUUCUUAAAACCUCGUGAUUGCUGUGUUUUCUCGGUCAAAUAAAUGAAAUAGAUCCA